UCCACCCUGUUUUUACUCUGUAGUACUUAAUCAAAUAAACUUGUUUUAAAAUUUGUGCAGGUUUCGAAAUACCUUUGUUUUAAAAUUUAAAAAAAUAUCGCAAUUACUUUAAAUUUUUAUUCGGAAAAAUUCCAAUUUAUAAAAUAUGCAAAAUCCUGAUCCACCUCCGUCUUAUUUUGCUGUUAUUAAUGAAACAACAACAACAAACGCAUCAGCAAAUGAGACCGGAACAAAUCAGCCUGGUAUAAAUUUACCAAAUUAUCAGCCUUCUGAUAUUCCAUCAAGUUAUUCUAUUCCACAAUCGAAUCCAACAGCUCCACCACCACCACUGGCUAAAGGAUAUGUACCUUCUUAUGGAAGUAUACAUCCAACUGCAGCAAUAACUAUUCCAACAGAAAUUAUUAUUGUUGGUGGCUGUCCAGCAUGUCGUAUUGGAAUUUUAGAAAAUGAUUAUCCUUGCCUUGGUUGGCUUUGUGCGAUAUUAUUUUUUCCAAUUGGUAUACUAUUUUGCUUGCUCAUGCGACAGAAACGAUGCACACAUUGUGGUGCUGAAUUUUGAAUUCAUAUAACAGUUUUUCCAAGCCAAAAAAUCUUAUACAUAUUACAUGUUUUAUAUUUUUAAUUAUGAUAUAAGGGUUAUAUCGAUAAUAAAAUGUUUUUAUUUUGUUGCAUUAUUACUUAUUAUUAAUAUUAAGAAAAUUAACUGCAUAAGAAAUUUUUAAAUUUUGAAUAUUUGUAAACUUGUUUAAACUUAAAAUAAAAUACAUAUUAGUCGAAUAA